AUGACCGUCCAACGCAGCAACAGGUCGGCGGUGAGCUCGUUGGUGCCCAUCAAGGGGGGCCUCUCAUCAUUUGCGGCGAGCGAGCGUGCAGUUUGGCGCAAACAACGCUCGUACAUUCGGUGGCUGGUCUCCGGCCUCGUCGCCGUUACGAUCGGCGGCGCGGGAGAGUGCCGGCCGGCCGGCCGGCCUCUCUCGGUUGCGCAGGCGUGCUGCUCGGCGGAGGCGACGCUGCGUGACGAGAAGGCGCUGCACGCCGUGACGCGCCAGGAGCUGGGCCGGGUACUGGACCGGCUCAAGUUUUACACGGGAUCCAGGAUCGCCUCCUCCUCUUCCUCCUCGUCGGCCGCGCUCAAAGAUUACAGGGCGUUGCGGAAUACGACGAACACGUCGCAGACACCCUGCCUCAGUUCAGCACAAUGGAACCGGACGUUCCGGAAGAACAGAGCCGGCAUGAAAGUGUGCGAAUCAAAAUGCCAGCAUAUUAUCAGCAUCCAGCAGACAAGGGGGUCCCACAACUCUGACAUUGGCGUUCAAGUCAACCUCCUCGCGAGGUCAAUAGAUGAUCGGCCGAAGCUGUCUGCAAAGAUGCGGUACGGCAUAGCGGCGGUGUUCCAGGACAAGUCGUCCUGCAAGACGCUACCGGCGAACGCCGGCAGGGGCACGCGAAUCAGCAAGCCCCUGCGCGGCGUGAUUACGGAACGAGAGGCUGCGCUGGGCAUUUUGAGCCGCGAGGUGAAGCUGCUGCAGGGAGGAGCGGGACCAUCUGCAGGAACUGCUGCAGCACUCGCUUCAGGCGUGGUACCGCAGCACGCUGCCCACGUCGCCAAGGGCCUCCAGGAGCAGAUCGAAGCGCUGAAGGCCGAGAAUCAGAGGCUGCUGGACAGCUAUAACGCCGAAAGGGUGAUGAGGAAAAAGUAUUACAACAUGGUCGAAGACAUGAAAGGAAAAAUACGAGUCUACUGUCGUGUGAAACCUCUCACAAGGGAUCAGCAGAACAAGGUUAUGCAGAGUGUGAUUGAUGCCACGGACGACUACACACUGGUUGUGCACGCGCCGCGAGGUGACAAGGAGUUCACCUUCGACAGGGUGUUUAUGCCGCACCAUACGCAAGAAGACGUCUUUGGCGAAACAAACAGCCUGGUGCAGAGUGCCAUGGACGGCUACAACGUGUGCAUCUUCGCCUACGGUCAGACGGGCUCGGGCAAGACGUACACCCUCACCGGGGUCUCGAACACGGAGCAGUUACAGGCCGAAGGCAUCGCACCACGCGCCUUCCGCAGGAUGUUCGAGCUCGUCAAGGAGAACGAAAUGAAGCAGUCGUUCCUGGUGACAGCAACGUUCCUCGAGCUCUACAACGAACGCUUUGUGGACUUGCUCAAGGCGAACAGCAAUCCGGAGGAGAAGCUCGAGGUUCGCAAGGACUCGAGCGGCCACACGUUCGUGCCCGGUGUGACGACAGAGGAGGUGUCCAACUCGGCGCAGUUGUGCGAAUGCUUCGCGCGCGCUCUGAGAAACAGGCGCGUCGCUUGCACGCGCAUGAACGCCCAAAGUUCGCGGUCACACUUUGUCGCCACGGUGGAGGUCACCAGCACGAACCGCUUGAAUGGAGCCGUCCUCAGGGGAAAGCUAAGUCUGGUUGACCUUGCCGGCAGUGAGAGACUGGAUAAGAGUGGAGUUGAAGGACAUCACAUCAAGGAGACAAACAGCAUCAACAAAUCACUGUCGGCACUCGGAGACGUGAUCCAGGCUCUCGUGACGCAGCAGUCUCACGUGCCCUAUCGCAACAACAAGCUGACCAUGCUCAUGCAGGACUCUCUGGGCGGCACCGCCAAGACGCUCAUGUUCGUCAACGUCUCGCCCAGCAGCGAACACGUCGAGGAGACCGUCAACUCGCUCGUGUACGCUACGCGCGUCCGACAAAUCACCAACGACAUCAUAAGGGCAUCUGAAACGAAAGAAAUCGCCAAGCUUAAAUCUGUGAUUGCAAAGCUGAAGAAAGAAAUAGCGCCGUGAAGAACGACGCAACUUAAGUGGUGCAAAGACUACAUUAAGAUGAGUGGGCCGCGAACGAAAACGGCCGGCGGGCCACAUCUGACGAACUUACGAAAGCCUGAAAGCGAUUGUGUUUGUAUGGUGUAACUCUUCCACGUCGGGCUUCAACAUCGUCACUGUGUCCACCCUUCCAAAAGCCAGAGGGGUGUCAUCGUAAAAAAAAGGAAGCUCCAACUGUGUUGAUUCAUGCAGCGAAGAAAGUACCUCGGGGCGAAGCCUUGGCCAAUUUUCGUUCCAGCGUCUUAGGGACGUGCUAGGCACGGUUCGAAACGUCGAUGAACAUUAUUACAGAUGAGUGUCGGGCUAAUUUCUGCGAAUUACGGAAGUGAUGCAUAUCAAAUUAGCACAAGAAAAGACGAAUGGUAAGAGAAAGAAUAAGAAAACAACAAGCAGCACUCGUUCCUGUCGGUUUCAUUGUAUUGUCAAUCGUCCUUUCGUCCGCUAAUUAGAUAUGUAUCAAGUCAGUAAUUCGAUUAACAAGGUGCCUGCUUCUCCAACUCAGUUUUGGGACUUCCAAGGUUGAAAGCGCACCUCCUUUUCCCGCUGCAGGACGGAUACCCAUGUUUCCUGCGCAAAUUUCGAUUGUCUACACAGCCACAACCAGGCACGUGACAUUAUCGCCCUUUUGAACGCACCAGCAGCGAACAACAAUGUUCUAAAUAAGCAGUCUCGCUUACAGUGACCUUAAGCUGAACGUAGGAAUUUGGGAGAGAAAUAAGCACAUAUUUCCUCUUGGACUGCACAUUGUUUCACAGUUCUUAUUUAUCGCAUCUGUAAUUUCGCAGUAGUUUCUAGGCUGUUGAAUAACGGAUGCCUAUCUGAUCUCAGGUCCACAAUAAAGCUUCGCGUUAGGUGUUAGAAAAUUGUAGUCGUAAUAAAAUGUCAUCG